AAGCCUUCAGCGGAGGCACGUGGGCUGCUGUGGAUGAGUGAAGCUGUAACAUUACACUGUUGUGUUUCUGUUGCUUUUGCUGCCUUUCAGUAAAGGCUAAAUGUGUUUGUUCUUCUCUCGUUUAUUUCCCAAGUCAGAGGGAGGAUCUGCUGUGUCAAUUCUGGUUGAUGUAACCUCUGAGCUAUUGACCCACACAGCCACAGAUAGCACCAUGCACUCGUCAUGUACACACAGGUCUGGACCGUAUUUUGGAGAGAAGCCCGAGCCGCUGUACGCCGUGUGACGUCAUCUCGACGAAGCGCCGAGGGGAACUUCCGCGUUCAGUCUUCGCGCGGUGUUUUGUUUUCUGCGUCCCAUAAAUUAUGGUAAAAAUGCUGCCUUGACAUUUUAUAUUUAAUGUUUAUGUGCUCGUUCUGAAUUGAAGAGACCGUACGGAUAAAAACGUUAGCCAUGUAGCUAGCUCGGCCGGCAGGUAGCUAUAGUUGGUUGCCAUCAAUGGAGAGAGUGUCAAAACCAUCCGUCGGGCGAGAGAAGGAGCUCUCUGUCGGUGUGAUGUCUGACAUUCUGUCUCUACCCUCCUACAAAGACUACCCCGCAGGCCGCCCCUUCAUCAACACCGCUCUACCCUCCUACACACUCACAACUCGCAACACACACACACCCUGCCAGACACUGUCCAGCAAGGCAUUCCCAGAAAGCAGCAGUGCAGCGAUCCUGUCUGCUCUGAUGAACCUACAGGAGAAGAUCAGGAAGCUGGAGUUGGAGAGAGGCAGAACGGAGCGGAGUUUACACAGCCUGGAGAAAGAGACCUCACACACUGCCCUAAGGAGUGACACACACACACUGAGAGACACACACAAACCCACAGACACACGCGAGAGAGAGACCAGCAACCAGUCAGAACCCAACCAAGUGUUAGUGACUCAGCUGGCUGCAGCAGUGGCUCGCUGUAAGCUGUUGGACAGACAACUGGAGUACAUGAGGAAGAUGGUCCGCAACGCAGAGGCCGACAGAACAACCCUGCUCAAACGCCAGGUUUCCCUGGAGAUGACCAGGUCUGCUGCUCCCGCCCCUGACUCCGCCCACCAGGCCCAGUUAGAGAAGCUGGAGCUACUGGAGCAGGAAUACCAGAGACUGACCCGCACACAGAACCACGCAGAGAGGAAGAUUCGUGAGUUGGAGCUGAAACUGCUGCAAGAAGAACACCAGAGGAAACUGGUCCAACACCAGGCCAACCAGUUACAGACAGGUCUGGAGGCCAAUCGUAUCCUGAUCCAGUCUGUGUCGCCCCGCCUUCCCAAAGACAGAAGUACAAUCAGAGAGAAGAAACUCCUCUCCAAGAAACCUGUUCUGCAGCAGACCUCACACACACAGCCACACUACAGACUGAGCCUAGGAGACGUCCCAUUUGUAGCAGGGAAGUCUGUAGGGUGCAGUCACUCGGUCAGGGCCAACGUCCAGUCUGUUCUCUCCCUGCUGAAGCAGCAUCAGCCCCAGCUAUGUAACGCACGCGUCCUCUCCCACACCCCUCUGGCCCAGCCAGCCAAUGGCAGCGGCUCCUCCUCUUCCUGUGGGGAGGAGCUAUCAGACCUCCUGCUGGCCCUGCAGGAUGAACUGGGACACAUGAGUCUUGAGCAGCAGGAGUUGGUGCGGCAGGCUGAGACCUGUGUGUGUGAGCGGGAGAGGAGAGGGGUGGAGAGAGAACAGGAGACUCUACUCAGGAGAAUGGAGAGAAAAGCAGAGCAGAUCAGCAAGCUACGCAGACACCAAGCACAGGUGAAGAGGUUUAGGAGAGAUGCUCGUCAGAAGCAAAGUGGAGAGGUGAAGGUGACCACCACAGUGACCACGCGCGGUCGCUCUGCCGGGGCGGUCAAGGUUCGACCGGGGGACCGUAGCAGGAAAAGUCUAACACUGCUCAGGGACAUGAAGUCCCUGCAGACCUCGCUACACCCCAACCAACCACAAUGGAGCUACUGACCACAACAGGACCAACCACAAUGGAGCUACUGACCACAACAGGACCAACCACAAUGGAGCUACUGACCACAACAGGACCAACCACAAUGGAGCUACUGACCACAACAGGACCAACCACAAUGGAGCUACUGACCACAACAGGACCAACCACAAUGGAGCUACUGACCACAACAGGACCAACCACAAUGGAGCUACUGACCACAACAGGACCAACCACAAUGGAGCUACUGACCACAACAGGACCAACCACAAUGGAGCUACUGACCACAACAGGACCAACCACAAUGGAGCUACUGACCACAACAGGACCAACCACAAUGGAGCUACUGACCACAACAGGACCAACCACAAUGGAGCUACUGACCACAACAGGACCAACCACAAUGGAGCUACUGACCACAACAGGACCAACCACAAUGGAGCUACUGACCACAACAGGACCAACCACAAUGGAGCUACUGACCACAACAGACCAGCCUCACUGACGUGACUGAGACACUGUUACUCACCAGACUGCAACAGGACCUGGACCAUGAUGCUGAAGAUCAGACUUUAUCAACCUGAACUUCUCUGAUGGACGUCCCGUGGGUGUCGUCGUGUAGGGAAGAGGAAUGAGGCCUACCAAGGCCAUUUGGAAGAGGAGGAUGCUGAUGAAUGACCUCCAGGGACAGUGGGGUGUAGGGAAGAGGAAUGAGGCCUACCAAGGCCAUUUGGAAGAGGAGAAUGCUGAUGAAUGACCUCCAGGGACAUUGGGUUGUAGGGAAGAGGAACGAGGCCUACCAAGGCCAUUUGGAAGAGGAGGAUGCUGAUGAAUGACCUCCAGGGACAUUGGGGUGUAGGGAAGAGGAAUGAGGCCUACCAAGGCCAUUUGGAAGAGGAGGAUGCUGAUGAAUGACCUCCAGGAACAUUGGGGUGUAGGGAAGAGGAAUGAGGUCUACCAAGGCCAUUUGGAAGAGGAGGAUGCUGAUGAUUGACCUCCAGGGACAGUGGGGUGUAGGGAAGAGGAGGAUGCUGAUGAUUGACCUCCAGGGACAGUGGGGUGUAGGGAAGAGGAGGAUGCUGAUGAUUGACCUCCAGGGACAGUGGGGUGUAGGGAAGAGGAGGAUGCUGAUGAUUGACCUCCAGGGACAGUGGGGUGUAGGGAAGAGGAGGAUGCUGAUGAAUGACCUCCAGGGACAGUGGGGUGUAGGGAAGAGGAGGAUGCUGAUGAUUGACCUCCAGGGACAGUGGGGUGUAGGGAAGAGGAGGAUGCUGAUGAUUGACCUCCAGGGACAGUGGGGUGUAGGGAAGAGGAGGAUGCUGAUGAUUGACCUCCAGGGACAGUGGGGUGUAGGGAAGAGGAGGAUGCUGAUGAUUGACCUCCAGGGACAGUGGGGUGUAGGGAAGAGGAGGAUGCUGAUGAUUGACCUCCAGGGACAGUGGGGUGUAGGGAAGGUGGGUAAUGAUGUUGUAUUUCAGAUGUCUUUGGUAGAGCAGAACACAGAACACUCCUGAUGUUACAGUAAAUCUGCUUCAUCUAUUGGCUCUCCCAGGGGGUUUAACAGGGUGUGUUGUGUACAUCUGAUACUGUGUGUUCCACUGUUGCUGCAAACCUCAGCUCACUGCAAUAGACUGAAUUUUGUGUAUUAAAUAGUGUUACCACUCUGCUCAAGGAUUCCCUAAGAUUAAGACACAUUUGAGUGUGUGAGUAGAGAACGAAGGGGGGGGGGGUUGUUGUGGGUUGGGAAACCUUACGAUUUCCCUAAAGAUUGUGUGUGUGUGUGCCGAGGAUUGCUGUUGUUUACUUGGACCAACAUUUUAAAUUAGUUAGAUUUCUACAGUUACGGCUUGUGUAACUUGUCUAUCAAAUGGUCUGAAAUAAACCAUUUAUUUUCUAGUGUU